AUCGUGUACCGAUGCGUUUACAGCGCAAUAAAUCGGAUUAAUCGAUUUUAACAAGAUUCCGUGAUCAGCCUCGCUCGCCGCAGUAUAAUCAUCGUCCAACGAGUGUUCCGUGUAAUUACUUUCCACGCGAUGCGUGCGCUUCGUGGAAGAUGUCAAUGGCCAAGGUCGCUUUCUCUCGCGCGCGUCCAUCAGAAAUGAUGGUGUUCCGAUCCGUCUAACACGCUCGCGAAAGCGCGUCGAGGGCGUGAUUAUCGAUCGGCGAAGAACCGAUGAAAGGAUGUUGUGGCUGAGUCUAGCGGCGUUCGCUGUCACCGUGACAGCGCAGGGCUCUUACGACUUGGACGGCAGAGUCCCGUACCCGGGCAAAUCCUCUAGUUUAGGACCUCUGUACUCGCCUGGUCAAGGAUUCCGCGAUAACAGCUACGAGGACAACAUCGUGACGCCCACGCCGACGCCGGCCUACAGGCCCAACAGCCAACCACCUUUGUACCGCAAGCCAUCGCUGGAGCAAGGAGCCGUUAGGGUGAACGGACCACCAAGGGGUGUCCUUCGCGGUGGACAGCCACCGAAUCCUCAGGCCGAGGCUGAAGAACUGGAGGAAAAGGAGGAGCCCGAUCGUCUGACCCUCCUGCUGCCGCAGAGCAAAUUCGAUUGCGUGAACAAACAGACCGGAUAUUACGCCGACGAGGACCUCAACUGCGAAGUGUUCCAUUAUUGCCAGGACAACGCGAAGCACUCCUGGAUCUGUCCAGAGGGAUUCACGUUCCAUCAGGUCCACCUGAUCUGUAUGCCGCCAAGCGGUGACAUCAACUGCAAGAAGAGCUCGCAGUAUCACUUCGUCAACGAGUACCUCUACAAACCGCUGAACUUGGCGGAAGCCGAGACGAAACCGAACGUGACCCUGAGAUACAGCGAAAGGUAUUUCCCCGCUGACAUUCAUUCCGACGAGCGCGAGGCUGGCGACUAUCAGAUCACACCGUCUGCGCCUGUCCGUCGUCCUACGCAACCGAUUUAUGCGAGCACACAGCCAGCAGCACUGAACAGCAUUCCACCAUCAGCCCGUCCACAGCCCACAGGUCUCCCACAGUUCCGUUUACCGUUGAACCAAGUGUUCCGCAGCCCAGAAGAGGUGAACAUCCCUCUUCAGCACAGACGCCCGCAGCCACAGGGGCAGCCAGUGAGGAGAUUCCCCCAGGUCCGACCUGACGACGAAGAAUACGAGUAAAAGCCGACCUCGUGCAGGAUAAAUUUUUCAAAAAUAAUUGUCAUUCAUCGUCCAUACUCACCGUCGCAUUUAAGUCGUUAAUUAUACUUUGCUGGAGCCUCGUCGUAAUUUCCGCGUUGGAAUCGAAAGGAAAAAUAAAUGUAAAAGCAAACGCUGUAUUUAUUCGGGCGGAUCGUAGCUGACGUAGGUGUCACGUAAAUUAAUCGUAGAAUAUAAAUUAUUCCAUAUUCUCAUUCAUCGUCUAGUAAAGCGCCACGUUCUCUCCCAGAUUGUGAUCGAAGCUUCGAAUUAACAUUGAUGCGUUAAGUUAUGUUCACCAGCUUGUUGCAUCUAUUUAGAGGGAUGGUCCGAUGAUUAUCGUAUACCUGCGCAAAAUGAUCAGUGAUAAUUUUAAUGGUGUAAUUAAGCGAUGUAACUAUGUAAUCGACAUUAGCAUAACAGUGAUGACCAAUAAAUUGUUA